CUAUUUAAAGCUGCUGCCGGGACAUGCUCCGAUCGCAUAACGGCACCGUCGCUUCAUUUGCGCUCUGGUCGUCGUCGUUGCGGUUAACGGCGGAGGACCAUUUGCUGCUGCUUCCUUCGCAUCCCAACUCCUAUCGCUUUUUGCGUGUCGAGAAACGGCGACGUGACGGAAACGAUCGAAAUCGGAACUGAUUGUGGUGAUAAUGUCCCAAAGGUCCCAUCGCAGGACGGUUCCAUCCGUCGUCCCAGUGUCGUCAAGUGCGUGAUCGCAGGAAGUGCAGUGAGAGUGAUUGUGAUAACCGUGGCUGUUGCCAGGUCAAGUGUCCCGAUCUUGAUCUGCCACGGACAGUUGAUUACGAUCAAGGCGAUUGCGACCGAUCGAUAGUUGUGGAAAACAGACUCGUUAAAGGCACAGUGAACCUUGUUCUCCCCGCACAAUGACCGAGAACUCGAGAAUCGUCAAAGAUAGUGUAACGCCCGUGAUCGUGAAAGGAGUAGUAGCGGCCACGAAUGGGCAUCACGCGCAGCUGAACGGUGGUCACGCCGCCCUCGGGAAGGAUGGCAAGAAGGUGAUCGUACCGUUGCUGGAGGCCGAUGCUCACGCAGUGCACGAACCGCCAGACGGUGGCACUCGGGCCUGGCUGGUGAUGAUCGGUGCAUUCCUCUGCAACGGUGUCCUGUUCGGUGUGAUCAACACGUACAGCGUAGUGUACCUGAGCCUUCAGAAGCAGCUACAGGCGGUCGGAGACAAUGAAGCAUCCAGCAAAGCAGCACUCGUCGGUUCGUUGACGAUCGGCACGACCUUUCUGCUAUCCCCCGUAUCCGGUAUCCUGACGGACAAGAUUGGGCUGCGGCGAACAACCUUCAUUGGUGGGCUGCUAACAUGCAGCGGCAUGUUCCUGUCGUCCUUCUUCACGGAUAACGUUACCGCACUGUAUUUCACGUACGGAAUCAUGUUUGGGUUGGGAGCGGCACUGGCUUAUACUCCGUCCCUCGCUAUUCUCGGUCACUAUUUCAAGCGCUACCUAGGGCUGGUGAAUGGCAUCGUAACGGCAGGCUCGAGCGUGUUCACCGCCAUCAUGCCCAUCUGUCUCGACUAUCUGGUCGAACAUACCGGGCUGAAAACGUCCUUCCGCAUACUGGCCGUCAUCUCGAGCUUUGUGAUAUUCUGUGCAAUGCUGUACAAACCACUACAACCUCCGCCACCACCGCCGAAGGUAAAACCGGGCCGCUCGGCCGUCAACACGUUCCUACGUUCAUUCAUCAACUUUGACAACUGGAAGAAGAAGCGAUACAUCAUCUGGGCGGUUUCGAUCCCCAUCGCACUGUUCGGGUACUUUGUGCCGUACGUCCAUAUGGGAAAGUUUGUGCAGGACAAUUUCCCAGGGAAGGGCGAAAAUCUGCCGGUAAUGUGCAUUGGCAUCACGUCCGGAUUAGGACGACUGCUGUUCGGAUUCAUUGCUGAUAUGCCACGCGUAAACAGAGUGCUGCUGCAGCAAAUGUCGUUCGUGCUGAUCGGUACGCUGACGAUGUGUUUACCGGCGACCGGUUCGUUCCCGCUGCUGCUGGCCAUUGCCCUGGCGAUGGGUCUGUUCGAUGGGUGCUUCAUCUCACUACUAGGACCGAUCGCGUACGAUAUCUGUGGACCGCGCGGCGCAACGCAAGCGAUCGGAUUUCUGCUCGGGAUGUGCUCACUGCCCCUGACGCUUGGACCGCCAGUUGCGGGCAUGCUGUAUGAUCAGACCGGUUCGUACAAACUGCCCUUCAUUCUGGCCGGUAUUCCACCGCUGUUCGGUGCUAGCACCAUGUUCCUUAUACGCUGCGUCAAGGAUGAGGCCUCGAAACAGCAAACGAUGACGACGGAACCGAAGCUGGAACCGUUGGCACACACUGCCUGGGACUGCGAAAACCCAACGGAUGGUAAACCGAUAAAUGGACACCUACAUCACGAGCGUCGGGCAACGUUGGCCAGUUCAGAAUCACUCACAGCGGAAAAAAAUGAAACGGGUUAGGCUGGGUGUGUGUGUAUGUGUGUGUGUGUGUGUUUGUGCUGAUUGCGAUCAGGCCACCAGCCUCAGGCCCGUUCCAGAUAGUUCGCUGGUGGAGCAGGGCUUAACUAGCUCGCAAACCAUGGUUUUGCAGGAUGUUUUGUAAAGAAGCAAUUCUAGGUCGCGCGCAAUACCACGUAUGAUCGAAAGACGGGUUUGUUACUUCACACCAUAUGUAGGAAGUGCCAGAGUGGAUUAAAAAACAUCGCGCAUUGUUCAAUUUUGUGUAGAUAGUUAGAUACAGUGACUAGAUACAGAAAUAUCACCAAAAUAUAAAAGAAAAUGUUUACCUGCGCACGCCCUUACAUGCAGCCAAAAUGUGUGGAUCGGUCACGGCAUAGCCGGAUGAUGUUCGCAUGCAGCAUUUCGUGAAUAAUAUACACGGUCCAGGUACAGAUAUAGAAAAAUAGAGAGAUAGACACAGAGAUAGAGAGCAAGAGGGAGAGGGAGAGAGAGAGAGAGCGAGAGAAAGAGAGAGAUAGAGAGAAUAUGAGAGAGACAG